AUGAGGCUCCUGCCGCUGCUGCUGGUGCCCCUGCUGCUGGGUGCAUGUGCAGCAGACGGGUCUUCGGUCUCUACCGCCGCCGACCCUACAGAAGAGGCCGAAUGGGACACGCUCGUAGGGGAAAAUGAACGGCGGACCUACAACGGGACAGGAAACAACCUUGACCAACCUGAAUGGGGCAGCGUCGGGCAGAGACAGCUCCGCAGCAUGACGGAGGCUAGCUACGGUGACGGGGUUUCAGAACCACCAGGGGACGAUCGCCCAACUGCGAGAGAGGUCCUGUCGGAGGUGUUUCUCGCCAACCCGUCGACAACCUCGACGGCCAACGCUUUGUUCGUCGGGUGGGGUUUGCUGGUCGGGUACGACCUCUUCCUCACGCAGGACAACGCGUCCGAGCCGCUGGACAUCGCGUGUAACGACGCCGAGAUCAGGGACGUCUGGUGCCCCCUGGGUUCGCUUUCGGACCCGAUCCCGUUCAGCAGGUCGGAGGCCGGGGAAGACGCCGGGGGCGAAGAGGCCAGGAGCCCGAUCAACUACGCGACGGCCUUCGUAGACCUGGACUGGAUGUACGGGAGGGACGAGGCGACCUCGGCGUCGUUGCGAACGGAAGACGGGGGUUACAUGAACAUGACGAACGACGAGCUGCCGCACCUCCUGGAUGACGGCACCUGGCUCGUGGCAGAUCAACGGCCGGCGAGGCUGCCCGUGACUUUCGCGCUCAUGACCCUGCUUUUGAGGGAGCACAACCGGUGCUGCGACGAGAUGGCGCCGGAAUGGGACCCGGCGAACGAUGAGGCGUUCGACGAGAUGAAGCGGUGUGUCACUGUUCGCAGCAAGUGCGAAUGGGCUCUGCUUCUGCUCUGUUGCUACGGAAAGAGAGCACAUGGUGGACAAAGGUCGAACAUGGAAAAAGAAAAACCGCUUUGGUACCUCACGCAGUCGAACGGCAGCUACGACGCCGGGACAGACGCCGGGACGGACGUCUUUUUCGCCACCGUCGCGGCGCCGGCGUUGUACUCUGCCCUCCCGUCGACGGUAGGGCUCCUGGACGACGGCUUCGAAGUCAUGGCUGAGCACGAGGUGGAGCUAGCCACGGCGAACGCGGAUCUUGCCGGGCUUGUGACACGGAUCGGCGGAAUCGAGCCCAUCAUCAGGGGAGCCUCCUACGCGCGCGCUCGGGGUAUAGACGCCUCGUUUGUCGCCGAGGUUUCGGUGUCGUCGCCUCUGUUCAACUUUCCCGUCGAGGCGAUCCAGAGGGGGCGCGAUCAUGGCGUCCCGUCGUACAACAGCGCCCGAGAAGCGUACGCGUUGUCACGGUUCGACAGCUUCGCCGAGAUCACGUCGGACACGACGGUGCAGGCGACGCUCAGCACGGCCUACGGCAACGACGUUGACCUGCUGGACGCCUACACGGGGGCGCUGGCGGAGACGGAAGAAGGGAGCGGCCUGUUCGCGGGGCCCCUGCUGCGGAUGGUGUUUCUGGAGCAACUUUACAGAGCCAUCGUGGGAGACCGACAUCACCACUCCCACUCCACCCAGAACGAGGACGCCGCGCUGUCGACUCUGAAGAACCUCAUCCUCAACAACUCACUGGUGUCAUCCAUUCCGCUCGACUCCUUCUCGGCCCCCGAUUUGGUGACGUCUUCCAACUGCUCCUCCACCGAGAUGAACGAAGUGACGCUCGCAGAAGGUUACAAGCUGGCCUGGAAUCAGUCGGACUUGGUCGAAGAAGGCGGGGACAUGUUCAUCACCCUCUCGGCGAGGGGUAUCGAGGGGCAGGGCAUGAUCGCAAUCGGGUUCGGAGGGCUGAGCAUGGAGACCGCAGACGACUUCGUCAUCUGCGUGGUCGAGUCGGAGACCUCGGCCGAGUGCACAGACCGCAGCGCGCCCAGGGAGCGGUCCGAACCGCCCCUCGAUGACGAAGAGAACACCGACCUCGAUGUGGUAACCGUGAGCGUAGACGGGGAGUGGACCAGUGUCACCUUCGCGCGCUCCGGCGAGGGCACCGACGACUCGGUAAGGGACGGACGGGGGAAAGCGAAAGAGGACUACCUUCUUAGCGACGACAUAUACCUCUCCCAAGAUACCUCCAUUAUCUACUCCUGGCGCUCCGGCGACGGCAUUGGCAAGCACCCCAACAGCCAACGCGGGGCGGCCCAGGUCAACUUUCAGGAUGGCUCGGUCGCUGACGAGCAGUGCUCUGACUCCGCAGAGUACUACUCCCUCCACGGCGCCCUGCUACUUGUCGCGUGGAUGAUAAUCGCGCCCUACGGGAUCUACCAGGCCCGGUGA